UUAUGCCCAUCUGAAGUAGGCCUGUUCUCCAUAAAACCAGAACCAUACAUUCUACUACUUGCAAUCUUUUAAGUAUAUUCAUACUCCAUUUCUCUUCAACCCGAGGAAAUAACCUCUUGAUACUGCUCAUGAUCUUGACAUAAUUGUUGUUUCACUGAUGGAGCAAAAGUUGAGAUGAACAACUAUGUGUUAGGAUGAUAAUAGCGAUAUCAAUGAUAUUGCUCUUUGUUGGGAUCGGAGUUCUGAUCCUGAUUCACAUCUGUAUCGUUGGGAGAGCAUACAGACGAGGAAUUGGAACUACUAACAUAGUAGAAAGAGGCAGCUUAGCUAGCAACAGCAUGUCCCAUGAGGAUAUAGAAAAGCUUCCUUCCUAUGCCUUUCAGUCCAAAGAUCCAAUGGAAUGUGCUGUUUGUUUGGAUAAUCUCAAAGUAGGUGAAAAGUGCAGGUUGUUGCCCCUUUGCAAUCACAGUUUUCAUGCUGAAUGCAUAGACUUAUGGCUCUUGAAAACAUCCAUUUGUCCAAUAUGCAGAUCUACUGCUGAUUUUCUAAAAGGUGGAUCGAUAUCUGGUGGAGAAAGUAGCCGAUACAGUGAAAGUGGAAGGCAGGAAUUAAACGCGGAAACUGCCGAAUUAGCAAUGAUAUUGGUACCAGAGAGUGACACUCCUAUCAACAGCUUAAGCUUUGAGACGAGAACAAGUCAGAGUUAGGCUCAAGACAGUGAGCAAUUGAGUGGAAUUGGUCAAAUAGAUGACCAAAUUACUAGUGAAGUUAAUGUGAACAUUAAUGAGAAUUCUACUGAGUUGAGAGUACUUCCCCAAACUAUAGAAAGUAUAAAUUUGGUCCAUGAAGAAAUACAGCAAUAAAGAAACACCCAAACAGCUCAAUUAAGCUAAUUAAUUAGCUGAUCAGAGUUGACAAUCAUUAUAUAGGUAUGUUGCUUAAUUUACCAAGAAAAUAUUUCUUUGAAUGUAAAACUAAUAUAAAUAUAUUCUUCUCUUUUUAUUUAUAUAAAAAGGUUUGUUGUUAA